AUGGAUCACAGGGAAGAGAUGACUGACUCUGAAUGGCAGGCCACGAUUCAUGCUUCAGCCACCAACACAAGUGGUAACUCCAAGAGGGAUAUGGAAAAGACAAAACCACCACCACCUGUCAUGGAUGUGAAAGAGUUAAUGCCACCAUUGACUGUCAUGGAUGUGAAAGAGACAACACCACCCCCCACUGCCAUGGAUGUGGAGGAGUCCAUGCCACCCUCAACGGAUAUGGACAUAGAAGAGCCAACACAGUCUUCGACCAUCAAGGAAGUAGUCCCACCGUCCCAGGCUCCCAGACCAGGCCCCUCUCGAAAUAAGGAUCCGGUGAUGUGUCACCGCAACACAACACCAGGAAAGCGCAAACGGGCUGGCAAGCCACGUAUAAAAAUCCAAUUACCGGAUGGACGGCGAAAAGAUUCUCGGUUCGGCGCGGGUUUCCGGAUCGGGCCAAACGCCGAUCUGCAGUUCCUGGUUGAGCUGGGUCCGCAGCAGAACACCCUGCCCAUCGGCCCGGGUCCCAGCGGCGACAUUGACGACGCCCUCCCCGGCGUCCGCCGCCAUGUUGCCAGCAGCACCACUCUGACCCCGCCCCCAAGGAGGCGACCCUCACCCACCCGCAACAACUGGGGCCUCAACUACAUUCCCAACCGGAGGCACAAGGAGCCAAUUAACCAAACAGUGCCAAACAACUCCAAAUCGGAAACAACCAAACUUUUCUGGAGGGGAAAAUCUCAAUCACAAAACGAUGUGAAACACCAAACAUCAGCCUCUAUUCAGAGGAAAAUCGUCAGACUACCGGAUAGUUUAAUCGUUUAUAACACCACUCAAAAACUUGCUACUAAUUCGGAUGUUGAAAUGAUCAAUAAUUUGCAAGAAAAUUACGGAGCAGCAGUGUCAGUUGAAGACAGAAAUAAAGUACAAAAGCUCAAAAACAAAGAACAAUCAACCAAUACUUUAAUUAACAACGGUUUCACCUCUAAUCAUAUUCUAGAAGAAUCUAUUCAAAAUAGGACUUCAGCAAUAAAAUCAGAAAAGAAACGAAAUGAACAACUCCAGCAGCAAACAAAUCAAAGGCCAAGAGCUCUCAGGGAUUGGGUAUUUUCGUGGUUUGAUGGUUUAAAACCUCCCAAAAGCACAUCCGCUUGAAGUAUUUAUUUUAUGAUUAAAUAUAGUAAGUUACCAAAAAUACUCUGAAAUCAACCAGCAAGUUGUGUAAGAGUAUAGUGUCAUUGUUUCUUAGAAGACUGUUAUGAAAAUAUAAUAAUCAAGAAAUUACAAGGUUUACCACAAACGCCAAAUUAGAAUUAAAUAAUGAUGUUCACCAAAUGAUCAUUUGAAGAUAGUUGCAGAAAAUUAAUAAAAUUUGAUUACAAGUAUAAAAUUUUUUUAGAGAAACUCUAACCACAUCUUCAAUAACCCCUUGUAAACCGAAAGAUGAUAAGGGUCAUUUAUCAUAUUUGUCUAAAAGCCAAACAACAAAAAUGUGUUUUAUUAAUGUUGUAAAAUCUUGUAGGCAAGAACAUUAUCUGGAUUAUUAAAUAUCUAGAGAAUAAUAUUGUACCUAUAUCAUCUAUUACAAAUUUCUAUGGUCAGAUUUGAAAUUAUUCAAUAAUGAAUACGGUAAUUGAUAAGCUUAAAUGUCCACCCAAACUGCACCUCCAAGUAACUCUCAUAGUUACAAAGGCACCUAUUGCUAGCAUACCUGAAGUUUUCGAAACAGUCUGAAAAAAAUCAGAUAUGUCAUAACAGGGUAGAUAGAUAAAACAUGAACUUUUUGCUUGGGUAAUAAACGAAGAAACUUACUCAAUAAUUGUUCAUGAUAAAGAGUUAUUUUAUUCAUUCAUUCUACGGUACACAUGACUUUUAAAUAAAUGCAACAGAUCACUGUCAUUAAUAAGCCAAAUUACAUAAAUAGGUAUAUAUAAAAUAUUAAUAACCACUUGCUCAUUAUAUAAGAAUGUCCCAUCUUUGUACAUACUCGUAUAUCACUCCAGUCGCCAUGAAAAAAUCUAAAUAUGAUGAUCAUUGAAUAUUUCGUUUAAUUAUAAAGCCUAGCGUUUAAUGAGUAUAUUGGCCAGAAUAAGAAUACUUAAAGUUCAUCUUCAAUUGAAAACACUGAUAAAAAUGUAAAUUCAAAUUCAUUUUACAGGACUGUAAGUGAAACAUAAAAUAAAUGGAAUUGACAAUUAAAUUAGUGUUCUCAAUGGAGGAAGACUUCCAGAAUGUUAAUCAAGUAACUAGCCUACCUAUUCAAAGAACUGAAUUGGCAUAAUCAAUUCUCACAAAUUUUACAAUUAAGAAAAUUUCAUCAUAAAUUUAUAUAAACUUCAAUUGGAUGAUUGCAUUUGAAGAAAGUGCAAUUACAUAAGUACGCAUAUUCAAUUCAUUGAAUACAUUUUUCAGUAUGCCAAAAUCCUAUUGUCUGCCGUAUUUCUUGUAAAAAGGUGUAAUUUUCAAUUGAGGUUAAUUUUAAUUUAUCAGAAAUAAAAAUCAUUUAUUAUAAGAUUACCAUUGUAAAUAAUGUAGCUAUAGUAUGUUUUUUGAAUAAACUAGCUUUAAAUAUGA